GCACACCAGAAGAAGGCACCAGAUCUCAUAACGGAUGGUUGUGAGCCACCAUGUGGUUGCUGGGAAUUGAACUCAGGAAGAGCAGUCGGGGCUCUUAACCUCUGAGCCAUCUCUCCAGCCCCUGUCCUAGCAGUCUUAAAUCCUGAAUUUUUCUCAUUCAAGAUUGCCAUUCUGCUUGUCGGUGGGUGGCACUCACCUUAAACCCCAGCACAAAGGAGGCAGAGGCGGGUGGAUCUCUGUGAGUUCGAGGUUAGCCUGGACAGGCUCCAAAGCUACAGAGAAACCCUGUCUUGGGGGAAAAAAAAGAUUGCUGUAGUGAAGAUUGGAAGUGGUAUUAGAUGACCCAGCUGGCUCCAGUGAGCCUCUGGGGGGCUGACAUGCACAGCGCAUCCUGCAGCUAGUAAUGGCAGGGCAAAGCUCUCUGAAGUAAAAACAAACAAACAGUACUGCAUGUUGUGGGCAAGAAUGUGUGCAGAACUCACUUGAAGGGUUGAUACAAGCCGAAAGAUAAGAGGGAACCAGUUGGAACCAGUCACAGAUGUCUGGAGGCAGAGCAUUCCAGAAUGGAAGAACCAGUCAGUGCAAAGCCUUGGAGCAGGGAACAAGCCCGCCAAGUCUGAGGAAGACAAGGAGGCGAAUAUGGGUGCCACAUGAUGGACUCAGGAUGUUUUGGAAGGUAGACCCUUCCCACAGUCUUGCUGUGCACCGUCCAGAAGAAGCAGAACAGAGUUCACAAACUGACUAAGGCCUGGAGACUGGACCAGCUCUUCAAGAGUGUGCAAUGUCGCUGAGCGUCCAUCCUCACAUGCCUUCACGUGGCCUGUUAAGCCCUUGUGGAGAGGAGGGGGAGGGAGGACCAAGACUACUCUGUGCUAAGUACAUUAGUCAUGUCUCUGCAUUUUUAUUCUCAGUACAAUUGGCUCCUUGCUCCUGUUUUACAGAUGGGAAAACAGAGGCCACUCUCAAGGUCCUCUUUACAUAAGGCUACAGCUUAAUACUAGAAAUACCAGCUUUUAAUCCCAGUCUGUCCACCAGCCAGCAUGAGUGUCCACUUGGGGGCUGCCAGAUCCUUAUGGUGUUGUGCUCCAGUUGUCCACCACCCCCAAUAUCUGCUGCUAGGUGGUCACACGCUCAUCUCACAUUUGCUGGAAGGAAAUGGCUGGGCUGUGGGUGCAGGGUCUAUGGGGGUGAGGGAUGGCUGAGGGGAGAUGAGCAGGGUUUCUUUCCUGUCAUACAUGCCAUAUGCUGCCUGCUGACCGGGAUGGGGACCCCAAGGCCUAUGUGUGUAUAGAGUUGCUAUGGCUUUCAGAGAAGUUCCCUGGGCCCAUGUGCUAGCUCUUAGUUGUGCCCUAUCACCGAGUAGGUAGUCUAGGUCAGUCCAUCUGGGUCACUCUGCCCCUUUUCACGGCUUGGAGAUGCCCCCUCUAAAUAUAGCCCAGGGAAGUGAGCUCAGACCUAUUUUAAGACCAGGUUGGGAGGCAGCCAGACCUUUCCCAGGAUCCUAAAGGAGCCACUGCUAUGUUUGUCCAGUUCUGCUACUGGUCACUCUCAUCUGGCCCCUGACUAUACGUAUCAACUGCCAUGCCUGAGGAGACCCAAGAAGGUAGGAGAGGGUAGCCAUGGGGGAGGACAAAGCUUUAUGGCCCUAUGGCUCAUGGAGAGACCUCACAGCCUUGAGUAGUCUUUUCAUAUCCCUGUUCUAGACACCAAUCCCUAUGCACAGACAAAGAAUGGACCUGCCAUACUUAGAACUCCCUUUUGCAGGUCCUGCCUCAGUUUUCCUUGCUAUGGGCCAGGGAGAGGGACCACAGCUUUCUACCUAAGAAUGGGACAACUCUACCCAAGUGGGUGUGGGCAUCUGGGGAGCUGCCAAGCAAUUUAGCUCUUCCUUCAGCAAAGAGGCUGGGGUUGGGGUGCGACGCGGUUCCAGGAAGCAUUUCAACGUCUGGCCCAGGGACUGGGAAGUAGACAUGCCUCUGGCAUGAUCUAACCAGAGAAAGGGCCUGCCCUCUACUAAGGGGUGUGUGUGUGUGUAUCUUUUAUGGGUGGGGGGCGGCAAUGACUUAACUGUAACAUCUACCAUGUGUUUUUGUCUAUAGCAAAUAAAAUAUGCCCAAAUAUAAGGUAUGGGAGAAUUAGUGAAGUGCAGAGGGUAUUUAAUGUGACCUCAGUCCGUCAGCCAGGCUUGAGGACUGACAGCAUCUGCUUUUGUUUGAAUUGCUUGUGAGCCUGUCAAGGGGCAGCUUCAAGCACAUUAGAGGGCCCAGUGCAGUCCUUGCCCCGCACUCUGGCACACCGCUACCUAUCCCUCUGCAGGCAUCGGGAGCGCUUGUGGAAUCAGAACUAAAGCAACCAAAUCCAAUAGAAGGCCUUGGAGGUGCACACUUGGGAGGCAGAGGCAGGAGAAUCUCUGUGAGAUCAAGGCCAGCGUGGUCUGCAUAAUGAGUUCUAGGCUAGCCACGUAGUGAGACUGUUUCAAAAAUACAUAUCCAGUCAAAUAAUGCCAGAGGAAAGCAGAGUUAUAGUUAUUUAGAAGUCAGAGAGACAUUGAUAGCAAUUGGAAGGCUGAGGCAGAAAGGUAACUUGAGUUAACCAGGAACUCAAGACCAGUCUGGGAACUUUCUGAACCUAUCACAAAAAAAAAAAUAAAAUAAAAUAAAAUUAAAAAAUGGGGGGGUGAGGUGAGAGAUGGCUCAGUGAUUAAAAGCACUUGCUGCAUAACCAUGAAGAUCGGAGUUUGUGGUGGUGAGGCCUUUAAUCCCAGCACUCUGAAGACAGAGGCAGGUGGGUCUCUGUGAGUUCGAGGCCAGCCUGGUCUACAGAGUGAGACAGAGACACCCUGUCUUAAAAAACAAAACCAAAAAAUGAGAGUUUGGAUCCCAGUACCCAGCUAGGUGUGAUCUUGUGUGCCUUAUAACCCCAGUGCUGUGUAUAUUGGGAAGCAGAGGCCGGAGGAUCACUGGCGCUUUCUGGUUGCCAGCCACCCUUAUCAAAAAACCCCAAACAACCUGAUUUCCAGCCUCAUGAGGAGACCCUGUGUCAAAGGAAAAAGGCAGAGGACACCCAAAGUCCUCCUCUGUUCUCUACACAUAUACACAGUGUCUAAAUACACGUGGGUAUGCACUACACACACACUGCUAACACAUAACCACAUGUAAUACCACUAAUGGGUAGGCUGAGGCAAGAGAAUUUUGAGGUUAAGCCCAUCCUAGUUUUAGGCUACACAGUGAGUUCCAGGCCAGCAAAGGUCACAUAGUGAGACACUAUCUCAAAACAAAACAAAAUCUGAAAUAAAGAUAACCAUAAGGAACGAUAAAGAAUCAGUGACUAAAUGGGCAGAACCCAUGAAUGGGUAAUUACACACAUUAGUCAGGCUCCCUAGGCAACAAUCAAGUUGUUUCUCGUCUCUCAGGCUAGCAAAUAUAUGUAAAGGUCUGUGCAUACAGCGUCUGGUUUAGCUCUGUAAAAAGCUUGCCUUGCAAGCAUGAAGGACCCGAGCUUAUUUCUCUGGGGCUCGUGAUGUGCUUGAAGCUGCCCUUGACAUGCUCACAAGCAAACAUCAGAUGCUGUCUGUUAGUCCCUAUGUUUGGGAGGCGGACUGCAGGUUAAGUAGGGGUACACACACUUCUCAUCCCAGGUCUGGUGAGGUGGAGACAUUGAGUUCCUGGGGCUCUGUGGUUAAGUGAGCCUGUUGAGUUCCUGUGCCAGGUCACUGAGACCUCUGACUUCCGUGUGCACACAAAUACAUUUUUUUUUUUUACAGUGGGAUGUCUAAUGGUGGGGAUGCUGUACUGCUGGGCUCCGAACAGGCCUUUUAGAAGACAGUUCUGAUGAUAGAUUUAAAGUCUGUUCUCAGGCCCAGUGAUUCCACUUCUGAGAAUUGUCCUCAAUAACUUCCAGCAAAGUGGAAAAACCUUCACAUUUAAUGAUUGAUGUCCUGGGGGUUAAUUUCCAAAGGGAAUUGGAAACAACCUAAAUGCCCAGAUAGCCUCAGAGGGAGGCCGGAAGGAGUCCUCAAAGUUAUAUGAAACUGUUAAGAAAAAAAGAGACUCCUGCGGUGCUGUUGAGUGAAAACAGCAGGGCUCCAGUAAGAGCGGCUGAAUAAUUGUGUGUAGGAAGGCAGAACCAAGCCAGGAGGAACUGCCAGAAUGCAGUUGCCUUUGCCUAGCAGUAGGCACCAUGUUGUAAGGUCAGGCCAGGUGGCAAACUCACUAUUGCUGUGGGCUUAGGUUGAUGAACUGUUUGCUAGCAAUAAGCAGGCGGAGGAAUGCCUGAAUGUGAACAUGGGAGCAUGUCAAGAGCCCCUAUGCACACAGACUAGGCCUUUAGAACUCUGGAUCCAAACGAAGAGUCAUUCCUGAAACUGUAAGGAAUUUGUAACCAAAUGCCACUGGUGUAGUUCCCAUAUAUCCCAAGUUCCUUCCUGCAGCCUGGGCUUACCUACCCACAAGGUAAGGAGUGACUUGUUUGCUCAAAUCAGUCCCACUGCCCCUAUAGACACCGUGUUGCCAAUGCAGAACCAGAGAAGCAGGGGAACACUGGCUCCUAACCAUGUGCAGGAGGUGCAUCUGCACCGAGUGGAAUCCAUCAGUGAGCUUCACAGCGGAGGUUCGCUACAGCCCUAUCUGGCUGAAGAGGCACAGACAUGGGAAGAGCUUCUGGGUGUCCUGCCGCCAUCACUGUGCACCCAAGCUGGCUGCAGCCCCAUGUGUGGUCGUGGGGGGUUUCUACUGCUAUUGGCACUGCUGGUAUUCACCUGCCUGGCACUAGCCAUCCUGGCUGUCUACCUAAGUGUGCUGCAGAGUGAAUCCCUGAGGGUCUUGGCACACACACUGCGCACACAAGAGGAGACUCUGCUCAAAUUGCGCCUGGCUAGCCUCAGCCAGCUAAGGAGACUCAACUCCACUGAAGCUCGGGCACCCAGCUGAGAUGCCGUGUGAGGCGUGUGAGGGGAUAAAGGGACCUUUGGCAGUCUCUGUUCUCCCGUCGACGGCUACACCUACACUACUUCCUUGGUGAGAUUUUUGUACAAGAGCCUGAUGUGACUCAACAGCUGCCUGUCUCUCUUGACCUCUUCAGGCUAGGCCUGACCAAGCCCUCUGGUGCCAAGGCCCUGCUUUGGAUAGCCAAAGGUCAGAGGAUGGGGCACCAGCCUCCUCGUGGCUCCUCCUAUGGCCUGUCAGCACCCUCUGGCCACCCCCAGAUAGGAGAUUCAGAAGUCUAGAAAUAGCUGUUCCUGCUCAGCCACCCACUCUGCCAGGUCUCCUAGUGGGGGGUCCAGUCUCAGCCCUCAAACAAGCUAGGCUGAGUUGGGGGUGGGGGACCACACUGGCAAAGACUGCCUUGGAGAACAAAGGUGAAAUUGAGAUCUAGCUGGGGCCAAGCCGAGGGUGGUAGAUGAGAGGGAAGGCAAGUAAAAGACUCAGGAUAAAAGUCAUGGGGAAUAAGUACUGUUUAAUUCUCUCUUAUUUUUAAAAAUCAGCACACAUCCAUUCUAGGCAGCUUUGCCUACCCUAUACCAUGGUGGACAGGUGCCAGACCCCCCAAAGGAAGUGGCCCUAGGGGGCAAGAUCUAAAAAAGAAAAGGGGUAGUCCUUUCUCACCUGCCCCUCAGCUCUGGGACCAGCUCGCAUUUGGUUUCACCUGAGACAGGACAGAGGCCAUAGCCACAGGGCUGAGUGCAGACACAAAGGGCCAGAGUCUUAAGUGUCCUGAUCCCAUGGCCCUCCCACAUUUGUCUAUUUUUGGUUUCAUCAUUAAAAAAAAAAAAUAAAGUGACAAUUGCUGGCGGGGA